GAGUGCGUAGUUUGCGAUAGUCAAAUAUUUUGUUUACACACAUAAUAGAGCAGACAGACGAUGGUUCUUUAUUUCUCUCUCUUGGUUACAGUUCCACGCUUCGUUUGUUCCUUUUCUCGUUAGUCAUACUCUCCUUUUCUUUCUUUUUUGGGUCUUUGUAACCCUAAAAAUAUUUCCUUUUUUUUUUUAAAUAAAGAGAGUUUGUAAAAAAAAAAAAAAAACUGAAAAAAUCGAGCGUCAAGGAGUGAGUGGGUAUGGUAGAAUUUUGUGAAGCGGUUGCAUGAGGAGAAGAGAAGUACGUUUGGGGAAUUGAAAUUGAAGAAUCUGCGGACGACAUGGCCACCACGGAGUUGCAGAUGAGCCCUCAAUUGGAGCAGAUCCAUGGUGAAAUUCGCGAUAAUUUUCGUGCUCUUUCAAAUGGCUUCCAGAGGCUGGAUAAGAUCAAAGAUUCCAAUAGGCAAAGCAAACAGCUGGAAGAGCUCACUGCCAAGAUGAGGGAAUGCAAAAGAUUAAUCAAGGAGUUUGAUCGUGAAAUUAAAGAUGAGGAAAGCAGAAAUCCUCCUGAAGUGAAUAAGCAACUCAAUGAUGAGAAGCAGUCUAUGAUCAAAGAACUGAAUUCCUAUGUGGCAUUUAGGAAAACAUACAUGAAUACCCAUGGUAACAAGAAAAUUGAACUCUUUGAUAUGGGAGCUGGAGUCAGUGACCCUACAGCAGAUGAUAAUGUUAAAGUGGCAUCGUCAAUGUCAAAUCAAGAGCUUGUUGAUCAUGGGAUGAAAACAAUGGAUGAGACUGAUCAGGCCAUUGAACGCACAAAAAAGGUUGUUGAACAAACAGUUGAAGUAGGAACCCAAACUGCUGUUACCCUAAAGGGUCAAACUGAACAAAUGGGCCGUAUUGUAAAUGAGCUGGAUACAAUUCAGUUCUCAAUUAAAAAGGCAUCCCAGCUGGUGAAGGAGAUUGGUAGGCAGGUGGCCACUGAUAAAUGCAUCAUGCUAUUUCUAUUUCUUAUCGUUUGCGGUGUUAUAGCUAUCAUAGUUGUGAAGAUUGUCAAUCCAAACAACAAAGAUAUCAGAGAUAUUCCUGGAUUGGCACCUCCAGCACCUUCAAGGAGAUUGUUAUAUCUAAGGGACCUGCAAUAAAGAGUUGGUCAAUUCAAUCAAGGCAGAGGUUUCCACGUAUGCUCUAGUGGAUGAGAGUGGGAAUUUUCGAAAGGUACUGUUCUUUUGAGGGAUGUAUCGAUUUUUUUCUCUCUCCAAUUUUUAUCAUGGAUUUCUUGCCUGAGGGUUGUCUUUGUAAAUCAUGUUGGAGCAGUUAUUGAAUUAUUUGGAAUGAGAUGCCCUGCUUCUUUCGAUGAAACUUUUGAAUAUGUCGUGGUGUUAGAAAUAACAAACUCAACUCUGAUGUGAAUUCCA